AUGAACACCACCGAGCUGGUCAAAGUAUGCAAUUCCCGAACGCAAUUUUAUCAGUGCCUGGGAACCUCAUACUAUGCAUGCAUGAAUCUGUUCAACAUACUCGAUACCAGUGAUCCAGACUUCACAAAUGCUUUCGACUACACCCGUACAUUCAUUGGUUUGGAAUUCAUGUGCAAUGCUGGAUUUGAA